CUUCGACGAAAACGUCUUACGGAGAAAGUAUAGUUUAAAGAUAGGCGGUUUGCCCCGCAAACGUCCGAGUUGUUUCCCGAACGUCGACCGAACAACACCGUGGAAGUUAAUUUGUUGGUUUUGCUUAAAUUUUUUUUCUCCGACUACUUUUUGAGACUGUUCAAAAUGCAUAUCAAGUACGUGAACAUCGAGGAAAAAAUCGCCAAGCGAUUGGACGAUUUGUUCGGUGUAAAGGACUGCUUGAUCGAAGUCAACCCGGGUCAGGUGAUACUUCCGCCCAAGUACAAGGAUUUGGGAGAAAGGAUUAUGAACAUGGAGGUCAGGACGGAUGACGUAUGGCUAGUGUCGUAUCCCAGAACAGGAAGUACAUGGGCCCAGGAAAUGGUCUGGUGUAUUUGCAAUGAUUUGGAUUUCGCAAAAGCCAAGAGCAUGAUCGGUCAGUCGAGGACGCCCUUAUUAGAAUUGACAGCACUUAUGGGAAACGAUACGAGUAAGCUGAAAGACCAAUUGGGAAACUCAGUGGAACAAGUGGAAAAUAUGCCUUCGCCGAGGUUCAUAAAAACGCAUCUGCCUUCUCAACUGUUGCCUGAGCAGUUGAACGCCGUGAAACCGAAAAUCGUGUACGUCACUCGCAAUCCCAAAGACAUGUGCGUGUCUUAUUAUCACUAUUGUAAACUAGUGCACGGUCUACACGGUUCGUUUGACGAGUUCUGCGAGCUGUUCAUUCAAGGGAAAACUCCAAUCGGACCGAUAUGGAGUCACAUUCUGGGUUUCUGGCAACAGAGAGACGAACCGAACGUGCUGUUUCUGAAAUACGAAGAUAUGAAGAAGGAUUUAAAGGGGGCCAUAAGACAAGUGGCGGCUUUCUUGGAGAAAGAGCUGACAGAAGAACAGGUGUCGGCUCUGGAGGAUCACUUGAGCUUCAACAGCAUGAGGAAGAACCCCGCUCUGAACUUGGAGCCGCUUCUGGCCAUGAUGGAAAAGCCCCAGGCCGCAGACGAGAAUUCAGACCAGAAGUUCAUCAGGAAAGGAAAAGUCGGAGAUUGGAAAAACUACAUGUCCGAAGAACUAUCGGCCAAGUUCGAUAGUUUUACGGAUGAAAACUUAAAAGGCACCGACCUUACUUUCGAAACGAGCUAAUAUGUUCAUAUAUUUAAUUGCGCUGUAAGAUUACCCGUAAGACUUAGUAAAAAUUAAUUAUUAAUGUGUAUUAAUGUGUACUGAUUAAUAAUGUAUUUACACAUUAUACUUAAGUAUAGAAUUCUAAGAUAUUUUUUUAAAUAAACUUUAUUUAACUAUAA